AUGGCAAAUGAACAAGCAGAAAAUAUAGCUUUCGUACAACUUAUAGAAAGUCACCCAUGUCUCUAUGAUAUAACAUCAUCUAAUUAUACUCGACAAGACAUAAAAGAAAAAGCAUGGAAUGACAUUUCAAAAAAAACGAACAAUUCUAGUAAGUAA